AUGGUGCUAGAAUGUGGAGCAAAAGGCAGCCCGCGCGCAUAUGGGCAUCAUGGUUUACAUAGCCACGGCCUAAAACGGAUGUUUAUGCACAACCAAAGGCGCAAAGUGAAAUUUCAGAUGUGGUCUACGAUUAUGCAGUUAGCUGGAAUGAGUGAGAGAAAAAGUAAAUGA